AUGGGUGAUUCCAAGGAUCCCUGUAAUUUCCUUCGUGUAGAUGCAGAACUGAGUCCAGAAUCAGUCCAACAAUGGCUUUCCGUUGUACGCGACGGAAUUCACGGAAUGAAGAUGGCGAACGGAAAUCGCCGGUCACUCUCCGACAAGGUGAAGAAACAUCUCUCGGCUCUCGGCUGGAGUUUCGGUUACUUCCAGAAAGGGAAAAAGCGAGAGCUGCGUUAUAAGUCUCCCAGUGGAAGAUGGUUUUACUCUUUAGCCAAAGCUUGUUUGAGCUGUGUCAAUGAAGAAGACUCGAGACCGCAACUACAAAUCGUUCCCAAAUCUGACUCUCCGGAAAAAAUCUCGCUUGUUCCGUGUGCUUCCGUCAAAACCGUUCCCAAUCCCAAUGUUGAUUCAUCGAAGAGGAAAAGGAAGGAUCUUGAUACUAAUGUCUCGUCCGAUUCCGUCAAAAUCGUUCCCAAUGUUGAUGCAUCGAAGAACAAGAGGACGAGAGUGAAUGAUCCUUCUCCUGAUCUAUUCAAAAUCGUUCUCAACAUUGAUGUAAGAAACCAACAGGAGAAGAAGAGUAGUGAAGACAAAGGAGAGACAAGGCCGAGGGUUGAGAAGUCGCUGAAGAAGAUCUUACAGGUGAUGGAGAAGAAGAACAACAAGUGUGAGAAAGAGUAUGUAAGAUUCUGGAGAAAAGACUGUGACCCGGACAAGAACUGUGACGUGUGUUGUGUUUGUCAUUACGGUGGAGAUUUGCUUCUCUGUGAUGGCUGUCCAUCAGCUUUUCACCAUACUUGCCUCGGUUUCUCGAGUCUUCCCAAAGAAGAACUCUGGUUCUGUCCUUGUUGCUGCUGCGACGUCUGUGGAUCAAUGGGAACAUCAGGGAACAGCAAGUUGAUGACUUGUGAGCAAUGCCAAAGAAGAUUCCAUCUGAAGUGUUUAAAGGAAGAGCCUUGUCUUGUUUCACGUAGAGGCUGGUUCUGUAGUAAACAAUGCAGCAGAGUCUUCUCCUCGCUUGAGAGUCUCCUAGGACGUAAGAUUGAAGUAGGAGACGAAGGUUUGGUUUGGACGUUGCUGAGAGCUCCGAAUGACGAUGAACAUUUUGAUAACGAACAGCUCUCAAAGCUUGAGUCUGCUGUUGAGAUACUUCACCAGGGGUUUGAGCCUACGACAGAUCCUUUCUCUGGGAGAGACCUUGUCGAGGAACUGAUAUUCAGGAGAGACGGAAGUGGGAAAGGUCGUGGGUUUUACACGGUUUUGAUAGAGAGGAAGAAGGAGCCUGUGACGGUGGCGGCGUUGAGAGUUGACAAAGAUGUAGCUGAGAUCCCUUUGGUGGCUACGUUGUGUAAUUACAGGAGAAGUGGGAUGUGUAGAGUGCUGAUGGAUGAGUUGGAGAAGCAAAUGUCUCGGAUUGGAGUAGUGAAAUUGGUGUUACCAGCUGCAAAAGAGGUUUUGAACACUUGGACUGAGCGGUUUGGGUUCUCGGUUAUGGAGAGUUCGGAGAGGUUGGAGAUUUUGAAACAUGGGAUGCUUGAUUUUGUUGGUACUGUCAUGUGCCAUAAGUUUCUCAUGCGAAGAAAUGAACAAGAUUCUAGAGAGUCAAGCCUGACGGAAUAG